AUGCUGGGCGCCGCCACUUCCGGGUGCGGUCACGUGGGCAGCGCGUCAUGUGACCUGAGGCGCGGCGGGCAGGAGGGCAUGGCCGCCCCCCGCCCCCCUCGGGUGGUGCCGGGCGAAGCCUCCGAGAGCGACUCGGAGCCAGAGCUGCUGGUGGAGACGGCAGGGGAGGCCCCCGGCGCCGGCCUGAAGGUGCCGGGCGAAGCCUCCGAGAGCGACUCGGAGCCAGAGCUGCUGGUGGAGACGGCAGGGGAGGCCCCCGGCGCCGGCCUGAAGGUGCCGGGCGAAGCCUCCGAGAGCGACUCGGAGCCAGAGCUGCUGGUGGAGACGGCAGGGGAGGCCCCCGGCGCCGGCCUGAAGGUGCCGGGCGAAGCCUCCGAGACCGAAGAGGAGGAGGAGGAGGAGGAGCAGAGGCCGAAGACGCCGCCGGUGCCGGCGGAGGAGCCGGCGGCCGUGUGGGGUGGCGGCCCCUCGCUGCUGCAGCAGCGGCUGCGGGAGGGCACGGGGCGGCUGCGGGGGGCGGUGGGCAGCGCCCUGCGGCACAGCUAUGGCAGCGCUGCCCGCAGCCUGGGCGGGCUGGGGGGAGCCCUGGGCCGGGCGCAGGUGACCGCCGCCGCGGCCGCGCACUGCCUGCGCCUGGCCCGCCGUGAUCUGCGCGCCGUGGCCGACACCAUCGACAUCGUCACAGCAUGUCACCUCCUGCCCGACAUCCGCGGGCAGCUCUGACCGCCGCCGACGUGGGGCACCGCCUUCACCGUCCCUGCUGCGCCUGCCGCCAGCGGCGGCACCAGCACCUGGCAGACAGCUGCCAGCAUCACUGCUGUCCUCGGCAUCGCUAGUGCCACAUCUGCCAUGGCAAGGUGGUAUCUGAUCACCGUCAGGAUCAUCAGUGCAGCGUCCUGCCGAGCUGUGGUGGCACCGAGUCAUGUUUGCAGCACCCCACACUGACCCUGGAGACCUCCUCACCACGGUGGCAUCAUCACCAGUGUAGCCACAGUGACACCGAACAGUGGCUUUGGCACAGAGACUGCCAGCCUGGUGCCCCAGGACCUGCGUGCUCUGGUGACACCAUCACUGCUGGUCCCCUAGCCAGCUGCCAGCAUCCCUGAACUGCACCCUGGUGCUGGCUCGUCACCAUUGUCUCCAAAGGACACUGUUUUAUGUGACAUGGAACUGAAUAAAGCCGUGGUGGUGUCAGAGCCAUA